UCCACGCUGUCUGCGAGGUCUUCCUAUACAUUUUUACUGCCCCUGCUGCUGUAGGACCUCUGGAAACUUGCGUCAGCCGCCACUGCUUUGCAGAACAAUGGGGAUACAACUUACAUGGAAGUAAAGUGUUUGUGGAUAUAUUCCGUGAAGGACGUCAUCCGGGUGCAUGUUUUACGAAAGAGAGCCGGGUUGACAUUAACGUCCAGUGUGCUGCUGCCAUCAAGUUGUCCGUGCGAAUGUUCACGCUGAACAAAGUGCAAGGUCCUCUCCGAGUUGAGAUAUGAACCGUGACUCUCUCUAAACUGUUGAACUUUUCAGCUAGCGUUCACUUUUGACUCAUUAGUUAGUUUUACUCUACUUUUUUUUGGCACCGAGAAUGGCUUGUCUUAUCCUGGGAGCUAUACGAAGAAGGGGGGCCAUCGGGGUCCGGUCCCUGUCCUCCAUCCCCUCAUUGCCCCCUGCCGUGGCAGAAUUUGUCAAGGGUGCGGCGGACGAGUGCAAGCCCAGCGGUAUCCAUGUGGUGACGGGGACGCCGGAGGAGACGGCCACCAUCUUGGCAGGCCUGGAAAAGGAAGGGAUGGUCAAGAGGCUUCCUAAAUAUGACAAUUGUUGGUUGGCGCGCACGGACCCGAAGGACGUGGCCCGAGUGGAGAGCAAGACGGUGAUCGUGACCAAGAACCAGAGGGACACCAUCCCGAUUCCUGCCGGAGGGGUGAAGAGCCAAUUGGGCAGCUGGAUGAGCGAGUCGGACUGGCAGAGGGCGAGAGAAGAGCGCUUCCCAGGAUGCAUGGCGGGUCGCACCAUGUAUGUCAUUCCUUUCAGUAUGGGUCCAGUGGGUUCCACUCUUGCCAAGUAUGGCGUCCAGGUGACGGACUCGCCGUAUGUUGUGGCCAGUAUGGGCAUCAUGACUCGUAUGGGCACACCUGUUCUCAAUAAGCUGGCAGAGGGAGAGGAGUUUGUCCGUUGUCAGCACUCUUUGGGACGACCUCUUCCCCUGAAAGCCCCUCUAGUCAACGCAUGGCCCUGCAAUCCGGAUAAAGUUCUGAUCUCCCACCUGCCCGACACCCGGCAGAUCCUGUCAUUCGGCAGCGGCUACGGGGGAAACUCCUUGCUGGGGAAGAAGUGCUUCGCCCUGCGCAUCGCCUCCCGCAUUGCCAAGGAUGAAGGCUGGCUGGCGGAGCACAUGCUGAUCCUGGGCAUCACCAACCCUCAGGGAGUGAAACGUUACGUAGCGGCGGCGUUCCCUAGCGCCUGCGGGAAAACCAACCUGGCCAUGAUGAAGCCAUCUCUGCCGGGCUGGAAGGUGGAGUGCGUGGGCGACGACAUCGCUUGGAUGAAAUUCGACAAUCAAGGGAAGCUUAGAGCCAUCAAUCCCGAGAACGGUUUCUUUGGCGUGGCUCCGGGAACCUCAGACAAGACCAACCCGUACGCCAUGAGCACUAUCGCCAAAAACACAGUGUUUACUAAUGUUGGGGAGACCAGUGAUGGAGGCGUGUGGUGGGAGGGUUUGGACCCCCCUGCUGCUGGCGUCACUUUGACGGACUGGCACGGAAAAGCCUGGAACAAAGGAAGCGGCACUCCUUGCGCCCACCCCAACUCACGCUUCUGUGCUCCGGCCGAUCAGUGCCCCAUCAUCGACCCACUCUGGGAGAGCGAACAGGGCGUUCCCAUCGACGCCAUCAUCUUCGGCGGUCGCAGGCCGCAAGGAGUUCCUUUGGUGUACGAGUCGUUCAGCUGGCAGCACGGCGUGUUUGUUGGCGCUGCAAUGAGGUCAGAGGCCACAGCAGCUGCUGAGCAUCAAGGCAAGGUGAUAAUGCACGACCCCUUCGCCAUGCGUCCAUUCUUCGGCUACAACUUUGGCGACUACCUCUCUCACUGGCUGAGCAUGGAGAGCCGAGAGGCCCCCACUCACCUGCCCAAGAUCUUCCACGUCAACUGGUUCCGGAAGGACCCCGCCAGCGGCGCCUUCCUCUGGCCGGGCUUCGGCGAGAACGCCCGCGUGCUGGAAUGGAUCUUCAAACGCUGCGGGCGCGCGCGGGACGAUGAGGCCGCCAAGAAGAGCACGAUCGGCUGGCUGCCGGUGGACGGCGCCAUCGACACCAAGGGCCUGGGCGGCGGCGUGGACAUGGGCGCCCUGUUCGACGUGCCCAAGCAUUUCUGGCAGAACGAGACCAAGGAGCUGAGGGCGUACUUCAGCCAGCAGGUGGGGGCGGACCUUCCAGACAAGGUGGAGGCGGAGCUUAAGGCUUUGGAGGACAGAGUGCACAACUAAUAGCCUGACAUGAUAUUCACCUGGUGCUAUCACAGCCACUGAGGGAACUCACGCACACACACACUCACACACACAAUAUUUAUUAAUAUUAAUACAUACUGUAAAAAUAUGUGUUAAUAUUAAUAGUUAUGUAAUAAUUAAUAGUUGUCAGGGACAAUGCGCAUUAUCAACGUUUUGAUAUUUCAGUGUUUUCAUAUUACAAUACACCUUUUUUUCGUUUUCGAACUACAGUACUGUAACUACAUUUUUACAAUAUCGAGCGGGCCAAUAAAAAAUGGCCAUCAUUUAAACUAAUAAUCACACACACCAAUGAAUUGAUUGAUUGAUUCAUGCGUGUGUACCUAGUGGGGAUUUGCCGAUCAAUAUCGUGCAGUUUUUGUAAAAAAAAGUAUGUGAAUGCCAUCGCAAAUCCCCUCUUUAGUCCCCUGAUUAAAUGUCUUCAUACACAGUGUGGAGCCGCUCCUCUAAGAUAAUAAUAAUCACCUUCAUGAUGGCAAAUGCAUUGCUUUUCUUAGUAUCUUAAAUUUCAUUACCAAGUACUAUUAUCACUGGUGGACAAGACUGAACAUGUUACACACAGAGGAAGCCAAUAAGGAACUAGUUUAAAUAGUGUGUUGAUAUUGUUAAACUGUCAAUAGCACUCACCAUAAAUACAUGGAAAAAUGGGCAGUUAAUACAUGUGAUUGCUAUCUGCCAAUCUGACUCGUAGAUGAUCGUUAUCGGAAUCGCCAGCAUAAAACCCUAAUCUGAAUAUCCGUAUAACUAACAACGUUAUUGUAGGAAUUUGUACCCAAAAAAAAGCACAGCGUUAUCCAAAGUGCGACUUGCGGGUUUUUAUUAUAUGAACAAAAUACUGUAAAAAAAUUAAGUAACUCACUUUGUCACCUAUAUAAUAUUUUUAAACUAAAUUAAAAAAUAUAAAAAUGGACGAUUGCGUUGCACUGGUUGGCUGACUAGAGCUGUGUGUUUGUGUGUGCGUGUAUGAAAACAGACUUACAGUAGUAGCUGUGGCUCUCACCAUUUCAGGGCCAUAUGGCUAAUAAUCAACAAUGCAAUUCCUACCUUGUGUACUUGAUUGUGUACUUGAUAGUGUACUUGAUAGUAUUUGCGACGUCUGUGCAGGAUGUUAGCGAAUGACAUUCAGAUGCUGCAGACCGCACCGACGAUGCUAACGUUUACACGCUGGAGCCAAAAGAGCAUCUAUUUUCUAUAGCUACCCUUUUAUCACGUAAUUAUUUUUAACGCCGACGUUUGGGUUCAAACAUGCGCCACCUUGCGUUAUUUGAUUUUUUUCCAUCUUUAAGUAAUUUCAGGUAAUAUUUCUGUGCAAAAAUGUGAAAUGUUGGACCAAUAACAAUUUUUUCAGUUUUUUUUUUUUUACAGUGCAAUGAAUGAAUAACUUGAAGUGCCUCUUUUUAGCUCAUUUUUUUCCUGAUCAUGCAAAAGAAAUGAGUCAUAUAAUAAAAAAAACAUUUUU